GGAUUUGGAGUUGUACACAGAGUACGCACGUACUCUAUCUAACGGGGCAGUCAUAUUGGAUUCUUGUUUAUUUCAACGACCAACAAAAACUGCUUUCUGAUUUUGUGUUUGUUUUAUAUCAAGCCAUAUAGAAUGAGGCUUGUUCCAAAAUGAGUUCCGGUUGUUUCGGACGCGUUUUGCAGUCUUUAGUUGAUACUUUCCGUGAUGGUGGUCUACGAGGCUGGAUUGCUGUGUUGUGUUUAUUUACAACCAAGAUGGCGUUGGCUGUUUUAGUAAAAGGCCUGGGUAUGAUGUUACCUUCCUUACAGGAACAGUUCGUCACUUCGACUUGGUUAAUUGGCUGGAUGGUUGCUUUUGUAAGUGCGGGGAUAAGUUUCUCAGGUGUCUUAGCAACGCCACUAAAGGAGAGAUUUGGCGCCAGGACUGUGUUGACAGUGAGUGGAUUAGUUGCCGGUAUCUCCAUGAUAACUGCGUCGUUUCUACCAAGUUUGUACAUCAUAACCUUCAUCCUAACCUUAUUAACAGGGCCAGCAAUCGGCAUCUCAUUCGUGAUAACAAAACAUUUGAUUGGAGGUUGUUUUAGUAAAUCUAUCACAACAGCUUACGGUGUAGCUGACUUAGGCAAUUCAUCGGUCUUCGUGGCUGUUGUGCCCUUGAUACAACUCUUCCUAGAAGUCUACGGCUUGAGGGGAACAAUGCUACUUCUUGGAGGAUUGUUAUUACAUCUCGCUGUAUGUGGAGCUCUGAUGAAACCACCUGCAGCUGGUAGGAGUCAAGAUGGUUAUGAGGCAGCUGUCACAGACGAAGAGCAAGAGACAGGGGAAGACAAAGUGGCACCAAGCGACCGCUGUGGCUGUUCUUGUUAUACCACAAUUUACUCAUUCACUAGAGAUACAUUCCAGCUUGGUUUAUUCUCAUCCUUAUCAUUCUGGCUAGUUGUGUUCUUGGUCAUUGUCUGGAGGCUUACAAACACUGCUUGGUUGAUAUACUACGUACAGUACGCAACUGUGUAUAAAGAAUUCACAUUGGAAGAUGCAUCCCAAUUCAUUGUAGCGUAUGGGAUAGGUAGGACAGUAGUUUGCAUUGUGAUUGGUCCAUUGGUUCAGACUGUUAAGAUGUUCAGCUAUUGUAUAUGGCUUGCUGGAGCUCUCCUUAUAAAUGCCAUCUAUUAUGCUCUUGAUCCUUGGCUGAUGUCUUAUUGGACGAUUGUUGUGAAUACUUUCAUGCUUGGAAAUGCUCUUGGAAUGUCUUCAAUACUCAUAGAUGUUGUUAUUAAGGAGGUAUUCGGCAAAGAUCAUAUGGGAUAUGUCAUGGGAUGGACUGGAUUCUCGUCUGGUGCUGCAAUGAUACUGCUUCUAUAUUUUCCAGGAUUGAUUUACGACACGAUUGGAGACUAUACCGUAGCUUUCAGUGUUAUGGCUGGCUUACAAUCAAUGACUGUUGUUGAUGUACUGUGGUUGCACUGGAGGCAGAGACGUCGUCCAAGUUCAUCUGGGUCAUCACUAUAAAGGGUGCUUUCUUUAAGCUUCCCUGGGUCGACCCCGGUGUGUGGCGUUUUUUUUUCCAGGACGAACGUGGGUAAUUAUCUGCACACGUUCGUCCUGGAAAAAGAAAACGCCACACACCGGGGUCGACCCGGGGAAGCUAAUAGAACGUACCCUAUGAACAUUGUUUUUUAUAUCAUGCGGGACCAGAGGGUUGGCAACACAGACUAUGGGUGCGUUCGUUUAGCUUCCCUGGGUCGACAAGGUGUGUGGUUGUUUUUUUUUCCAUUAUGAACUUUUG